AUGGCCUUCACCGUCCUCAUCUCUGGCGCAAAUCGCGGCAUAGGAAAGGGACUUCUUCAGCGCUAUCUUCUUCAACCAAAUCAUGUCGUUAUUGCGGCCAACCGCAAUCCAUCCCACCCGACUUCUCAGUCCCUGAACGACUUGCCCAAAGGUGAAGGCAGCCGCUUGAUAAUAGUCAAGGUUGACGCCAUAUCCGAGACUGAUGCCUCUGACGCUGUUGAGGAGCUUCAGAAUUCUCAUGGAAUCGAGUAUCUCGAUUUGGUUAUAGCCAACGCGGGCAUGUCGACCGUCUGGCCUACGGUUGCUAAUCUCAAGAUUGCGGACCUGCAAGCUCACAUGGCGGCCAAUGCGUAUGGUGUCAUCACACUGUACCAGGCGACCCGUUCGCUCUUGCAAAAAUCCAGUAAAGAGCCCAAGUUCAUUUCCAUUGGCUCUAAGGCCGGUUGUAUGAAGGACCAACCUCCUGUUCCAAAUAGCGCGUACGGGCCGACCAAAGCGGUGGUGAACUGGCUGACCGUUAGAAUCCACGCCGAGGACAAUUGGCUUACUACCUCCGUUAUUCAUCCCGGCCUAGUCGAUACAAACCUCGGCUCUACUGGUAUCCGCUGGUUGAUUCAUGAGAGCGGCUUAGAGUUUGCCAAGUGGCUAAACCUUGAGAAGUCUAUGAUCAGCGUUGAUCAAUCAUGUGAUGGUAUGGUCAGGGUGAUUUCUGAAAUGGAUAGGGACAAACAUGGUGGCAAGUUGGUCUCAUAUGCUGGUGAAAUUUUAGAUUGGUAG